AUGACUAAAUGCGGCCACAAUGAGAACCUGUUUAAAAUAUUCACUGUUGUAUACAAACAACAUUCGAAGCAACUUUCAACUUCCUUUUUAGACUACGGACUACAUGAUUACGAGGAAAGCCCACAAAACAGUUUCACGCACGAUUACAACAUUCAUGAUGCUGAGUACGGUCCUCACGGGUUUGGUCACCAAAAUCCAGUGCAAUUUCACCCUGAUCAUCAAGGCAACCACCACGGUCAACAUCACGUCGGUUAUCAUCACAAACACUAUGAUCAUAGUUUGGCAGCCAAAACACUUCUAUGGCCAAUAGCGGGAAUCGCUUUGCUUGGGGCUGCAGCAGCACUGGUCAGCAACCCAAUAUUACUCCAACUAGGCGUCGUCUCCGGUCGGCGCAAGAGACGCGACACAGAAGAAGUAACGGGACUAGAUGAUGUAGACGUCAAGAAAUGGUACGCCGCUCUGUACGACACACAAAUCUCCGAAUUCUUCUUCAAGCUGUAUGCUGUGCAUACGUCGCUAGGAUCCUUGGCGACUUACUGUAACCCGGGCGGGGGUGCGUUGCCG